AUGACGACACGAUCAGCGGAAACGGACGAGAUUGUUCCGAAACCGUCACGCACAGACACUACGACAGCACUUUGGGCCACGCAAUAUGGAGCUUGGUACCCGAUUCACAAACGCUAUACACCCAAGUCGAUCGUGAUUGAUCUUGAAAGCGUUGAGCCGCGCUUUGUUGAAUGGCUGGAUGAAGAUGGAGUUGUGCUAGCAAAUGCGAACGACUCUCGUCAUGCAAGGACAUUACCACAGAAUGAUGAAGCUGAAGUGAUGAGCGAGCCUAGUGAUGACGAAGAUGAAGGAGCUUUUUUCCCCGCGUUGAAUGCAGAAAUUGAGCGCGCCUUGCAGGCUUAUGGCGCCGUUUUCCCCAAAUUGAAUUGGAGUGCGCCUCAAGAUGCGGCUUGGAUUAUGCCUGGGCACACACUACGAUGCCAGACGCCUAACGAUGUAUAUUUACUGAUCAAGUCGUCCGACUUUGCCAUGAAAGAUGUGGUGCAGUUGCGAGAAUUAGCUCAGGCAUGCGAAGCAGAUUCGCGCUAUCAGCGUCCGCGACUGCAACUUGUGCUAAAAAAAUGGUUCGAUAUGCCGCGUUCACACGAAUUCCGCUGCUUUGUUAGGGAUGCGCACGUUGUAGCCGCAUGUCAGCGCGAAAUCUCUUUUUAUGAGCACCUACAAAACACCGCAACGCAGGAACGCAUCCAGUCCAUGCUCAUGGACUUUUACAAUGAGAACAUGGCCCAAACGACGCCCCCUGAUAUUGUAUUUGAUGUAUACCUGACCAAAAAUCUCGACAGCUGCUUUCUGAUCGAUUUGAAUCCAUGGCUCGAUCGCACUGAUACCCUGCUGUGGACAGGUGAAGAGCUAGAGCAAGCAGAUGCCCAGCCAACUCGCAUCCCCCUGCGUGUUUUAACGUCGCCAGCACAGGCAUCUCAAGCACUGCCGACAUAUUCUGCGCACAUGGUCCCAGCUGACGUUAUAGAGCUGAGCCAGGGCGAGCACAUCGCCGAGUUUGCCCAAAAAUGGUCGUCACAACUGCAGGAAGCCGCCAGGCCCUAA